AGAGAGAGAGCUGACCAGGCGUCUCGUGGGUGAGCUACCGGUCUAUCUCUCACACGCUCAAUGGCGUUGAAUUUUUUAAUAUAAUCAUGCACCUUUGAUGUGAUUUCUAUCUUUCUUCAUACAAACAACAAUUCCAUGCACGUAUAUCCUAACCCCUUUUCACAUAUAUAUAACAAUAUCACUCACCAUUUCUUUUCUCAGUGACCAAACAAAACAAUUCAUUCCCCCCUUUUUCUUUACUAUAACCACCAUCGACAUUUCUAGUUAAAAAUAAGCAAAGUGUGUUAGAAAAAAAGAUUUAAGUUAGAGAUGGGACGCAUACCGUGUUGCGAGAAGGACAAUGUGAAAAGAGGGCAAUGGACUCCUGAAGAAGACAACAAGCUUUCUUCUUAUAUUGCCCAACAUGGCACUCGCAACUGGCGCCUCAUCCCCAAGAAUGCCGGUCUCCAGAGAUGUGGGAAGAGCUGCCGGCUGCGUUGGACGAAUUACCUUCGUCCUGAUCUCAAGCAUGGGCAGUUUUCAGAAGCGGAAGAACAGGCCAUUGUGAAGCUACACUCUGUUGUUGGCAAUCGAUGGGCACUGAUUGCAGCUCAGCUACCCGGCCGGACGGACAAUGAUGUUAAAAAUCAUUGGAAUACCAAGUUGAAAAAGAAGCUUUCAGGCAUGGGUAUCGAUCCGGUUACCCACAAGCCGUUUUCCCACCUGAUGGCGGAAAUUGCCACCACGCUGGCACCGCCUCAGGUGGCUCAUCUUGCGGAAGCAGCCCUCGGCUGCUUCAAAGAUGAAAUGCUCCACCUGCUAACUAAGAAAAGAAUAGACUUCCAGCUCCAACAAUCGGCACCAAUGAACACUACAGCCACUUACGUUACGAGUAAAAAUGAUGAAAAAGAUGACACUACCGAAAAGAUCAAGCUAAAUCUAUCAAGGGCAAUACAAGAGCCUGAAAUGCUGCCAUCGAACAAGCCCUGGGACCCUACAGGAGCAAUGUCGGCAAAUUUUGCCGGAGGCUGCAGUGGUUUCCCUAUAUCUGAUAAUGGAUUUCACUACGGCACAACAUCAUUUGGUAAUGAUGGAGCUGCAUCAUCAACAUGGAGCCAGAGUAUGUGUACUGGAAGUGGAAGCACAUGUACAGCCCGAGAACAACAAAGGCGGCUGCAUGGAAAGGUUGAAGAUGACAGUUGCGAGGAGUCCGAAGGUGGAAAAGGAAUCAGGAAUGGAUCCACCAUAUUCAAUACAGAUUGUGUCUUAUGGGAUUUACCAUCUGAUGAUCUAAUGAAUCACAUUGUUUAGGAAUGCUUAUAAAGCAGAGGAAAGAAGGCAGAAUUCCUACUAUAUGAAGAACAAUAAACUCAACCUCAGUGAUAGAAGAUACAGAUGUAAAUAAAACUCAUUUACAACUUAUGAUAGAAUUUACUCUGAAAAUAAUUUUUUCUCACUA